AAAAAAAGUCAUGUGACAGUAACACGCUUCCGUACGAUGUAGGUUAAAGCCGGAGUCCACUUUUUCCCUGGGACACAACAAACAAACAUGAUCUUGAAAACUCUCUUUGGAAUUGCACUGGCAUUGUCCAUUACGUUUAUUUUCAAAAUAGUCAUGAUGAUGGAGUACCACAAAACACUGUGGAACCACAGACCAGGAAACUGUCACAUCGUGGAAGGAAUAGAAUUUGGAUCUGAAGACAUGCAGACCACUACGUCUGGUUUGACCUUUAUCACAUCUGGAAUAAAUGGAGUGUUUUUCGGACCAAGCUUUCAAGAGCAAUACAAUAAACAGAAGGCCAAAGGGCGGAUCAUGCUGUUUAACAUGGAGAAACCAAAAGAUGGAGUCAAAGAACUGAAGAUUGUUGGAAACAAUUUCAAAUACAAAGAUUUCUUUCCUCAUGGUAUCAGUGUUCUGGAGGACAAAGGUAAGGUGCUCUUGUUUGUUGUGGUACAUCGAGCAGAAGAAGACACAGUGGAAAAGUUUGAGUUUCUGGAGAAGACCUUAGAAUUAAAACAUCUCAAAACCUAUACAGGAAAACUAGCCCACAUACUGAACGAUGUCGCGGCCACAGGACCAGAUACGUUUUACACAACUGAUUUCGGCUAUUAUCGCAGUUUCUUAGGACAUUUCAUGGAAAACUUACUGGGACUUCACUUCGGGCAUGUUUUAUACUUCAAUGGCUCGGAUUUUAUCAUAGUGUCAGAGCCAACCAUCAUGGCUAACGGCAUCGCUCUUGCAAAAAAUGGAAAAUUAGUGUAUGUGAACUCCAGCAGUAAGAGAAAGAUGAUGGUGUACAAAAGAGAGACAGAUCACAGGCUUACCAAAGUAAAUGAAAUUGAGUUUGAUACCAUCCCAGACAACCCCGUGGUUGAUCCCCAAACAGGAGAUGUCUUGCAGGGCUGCCAUCCAAUAGGUUUCAAACUCAUGCAACAUCUAAAUAACCCAAUUGAUCCAGGUGCAUCACAGGUCCUGAUGGUACACAUGGAAAAGAGUGGUGCUAAUGUGACAGGCAUCACAGAGCUGUUCUCAGAUGACCUUGAACUCUAUGGUUCCAGCGUAGCAACAUUAUACAAAAAUCGAAUGUUGAUUGGUACAGUGUGUCACAAAAUGAUGUAUUGUGAAGUUAAGGUGUUGUGAUGCAUAUACUGUAAUUAUUUUUUUGCUUAGAAGAUGGUAAAUCUGUUCCCCUCUAAAUUGCUUAGCGCUGUUUAGAUGUAUCUAUUCUGUAAUUGCUUUCAUGUUUUAUAUCGAUAUUUUUUCAUCUGUACAAUCAAACGUUAAUCGAUAUAUGAGCCUAUUAUUCACAUUUUACAAGUUUCAUACAAUUAAUCAUCCAAAGAAAAACAUAGACGCUCUUUCUAAAUGGAUGUGACAAAUGAAUGCAAAACUGUAUGUACAUGUACACUUUUUAUGACCCUUCAGUAGACCAGCUACAGAAGCAGUAAAUCUAUGGAGAAAUAAACCAUCGUCCUUAA